AUGCCUGUAAAAAAUCCUCUGGCGAAGUCACUUAAAAAUUUAAAUCUUGUCGUUAUUGACAAAUACGGCACUAAACGCAUUGUCCCGGCAUUGGAUAAAUUUUUUGCACCUCGUUCAGCUUUUGGUCAUUUUACCAGUUUGAUUACGAGUGGAGGACACGUUAUUCAUGGAGUUGAAUUGGAGGAAUGGCUUCACGAAGCCGAACAAUUUAAGUUUGACAUGGAAUUUAUCUUGCAUCGAGCGCACCAUGAAUUUUGGUCUUAUAUGAUUCAUCAAACAAAAGGUGUCCUCACCGCCAUAAACUCAAUGUUGCAAAACAGUGUACCGUUUUAUGUCAAUAUUUUGAGCGUAAAUAUUUCGGAAAGCGUUAAACGACUUCAUGAUGAUGUACUGAAUUUAAUUAUUCGCAUAAUAUUACGUAUUCUUACGCGUAAAGAGUCUGCUGAAUGCUGGAUAGAAGACGAUGACUUAGCCGAGCUUAUAUAUGGUAACUAUUUGAUAUCUGCACCAAUGCUAUUCGAUUUAAUUAUCGCGGUAGGUAAUAAUUCGUCUGAAAAUACUGCAUUGUUGCGUAAAAUUUUCGCAAUAUUGUUAGGAUUGGAACCUAAAUAUAAGCAUGAUUUAAGAGUUUCUCUUCAGUUCUUGAAAACGGCUUUUCGUUCAAUACAAACGCAGACCGAAAACGAAGGUUUCGAAGGAGCAGGAGGUGGUGCCUCAUUAGAUGCUAUGUUGGAUACUCCUUUUGAUGACGUUGCCUUAUAUGCAUUGAAUUGCUCUUUCACAUUGAGUGUUUUAUUAGAUGUAUGUCCGGAUGCACGUUUCAUAUGCGAAGAUGAAAAAUUUCCUCAGCAUAUUUCACAUUUUUACGAUAAAACAUUAAGACAAUUAUAUGAAAAUAUAUAUAAUGUAAAGCCCAGGGCGUUAAGUUUGAUUUGGAUAAAUCAAGCAAGAAUGCAAUUUUUGCGAGCCUUUCGAGCUAUUGUUUGGAUUCAUAUAGAUGCCAUUUUAGCAAGGCCCCAUUGUAGUUCAUUGCCAUCCCAAAAGUUCAUUGCCACAUUAAAUGAGUGUUCAAUUGACCAGGCCUUUGUCAACGAUUAUCAACGACAAUAUCCGAUUCAAUUAGAUGUGGACAUCAUGAAUCAAGCAUGUACAAGCAUGGAUAGAUUGAAAAGAGCUGGAAUUGACAUUAUGGUUAAGGCAUAUCAAAGAGAAACAAAUUCGGACACUGUUAAAUCGAAUCAAAAAGCAAUUGGCGAGAAACCACAUACUAACGGACAAGCUUCGAACGUCAUGCCUGAAAGGCCUAAGAUACCUGUAUGUGGUGAAACAAAGUCAAAUGGAAUAAAUGGCUAUGGCAAUGGUCUAUUGCAACGGAAUAUAGAAUCUGAGGUUGUUAUGGUUUUAGAUUGUUUUCCUGAUUUGGGCGCUGAAUUUGUUCGGCGUGUUCUUAGCCGCUACUGUAGUGCCGACGAAACCAUUGGCGCACUUUUGGAAGGUAAUUUACCUCCUGAUUUGACGGAAUUAUGUCCCUCGAAGAUUUAUAUUCCUCCCGAUCUUCAAAACAAGCUCAGCAAAGAAUCAGGUGAUAAGCAUGAUAAUAUGACAAACCGAAAUUGUAUUAUUAAAAGGGGCAAAGGUUUUCCUAAUGAUCCCAAAAAUUUUGCACAGCUAUUAGACGAUAAAACCGAUAUAAACGCCUUAAGAGAUCGUUACAGGGAAUGUAGUCUGGUACCAGAGCACGUAUCAAAUAACGAAAACGAAUAUGACGAUGAUUACGACGACACUUAUGAAAACACGAAAAAUGAAAAUCUUGGGGAAAAGUCGAACAAUUUUAAAUAUGUGUUGGCCGAUGUUGUAGACGAAUCCGCAGAUGAGAGGGGCAACGAAAAUGACGGAGAUGAAUCGACUACUCAGAAACGUACUGAAACGAACCAACAUCAAAGAAGAAACAAAUCUGUAAGUUUUCGUGACAAUCCAGAAGAAUUUAGGUUUCGUCGCAACAUGGAAGCUCGAUCCAAGUCGUUUCAGAAAAAGGAGUCUGCUCCGAUGCACAAAAAUGUCUUAAACGAUCCAAAAGAGAAAGGGCAAGACAAGGAGAUUUGGCGUAACUAUCAAAAGAAGGAGGCUCAGAAAUCUUCAAGAGCUAAUCAUAAUCGUAAAACUCACGCAGCAUAUACGCGCCGCAUCGACUUUAAUACUAAAAGUUAG